AUGCUCACUCGGUACCUCCCCACUCCCGCCGCCGCCGCCGUCGUCGUCGUCAAGAUUCUACAAGCCAUUUGCUUUGAAUCUGCCUUAAUACUAUCAGCCAGUGAUGCGACUAAGAUUAGCCGCAACAUGCACACUUACAAGUCUCUAUUCGCCAUCGUCACUGAGGAUGAAUCUCCCAUACUAGGUUUUAUUGGUCGGGAGACGUCGCUCAGGUACUGA